CCGCAUACAUAGCAAAAACGAAGUACAGUGCAUCGCUAUAAUUCAUUAAUACAUCAUAAAUCGUCAAGCACGGGGGUUAUAACGACCACGAGCCACAAAUCAAGCCCUCCAAAAUAACCCAAAUGAGCUCUUACUUUGUAAACUCGUUCUCAGGGCGCUACCCAAAUGGCCCCGACUAUCAGUUACUAAAUUAUGGGACCGGCAGUUCCAUGAACGGUUCUUACAGAGAUUCAAGCACCAUGCAUUCCAGCUCUUAUGGCUACAACUACAAUGGGAUGGACCUUAGCAUCAACCGCUCAGCCUCCUCCAGUCACUUUGGGGCUGUGGCCGAGGGCUCCCGCGGUUUCCCUUCUCCAGCUCAGGAGAGGUUUAGACAGGCGUCCAGCUGCUCCUUAUCUUCUCCCGACUCCCUGCCCUGCUCCAACAGCGACAGCCACGGAGGCAAACCCGCCCCGUCCCCCUCCGAGCAAGCUCCUGCUGCCGCCAGCACCACAAAUUUCACAGAACUAGACGAGACCAGCGCGUCCUCGGGAGCCGACGAGGGCACUCCAAUAAGCGGCAGCAUCCCCCGAGCGCAGGCAGAGCCCAUCGCCACCUCGGCGGCCGCGACAGAAGGGCAGGCACCUCAGAUAUUCCCUUGGAUGAGGAAACUUCACAUUAGCCAUGACAUGACAGGACCAGACGGGAAGAGGGCGAGGACAGCGUACACUCGCUACCAGACCCUGGAGUUGGAAAAGGAAUUCCACUUCAAUAGAUAUCUCACCCGCAGGAGGAGAAUAGAGAUCGCUCACGCUCUCUGCCUCUCCGAGCGCCAGAUCAAAAUCUGGUUCCAGAACCGGCGGAUGAAGUGGAAGAAGGAUAAUAAACUGAAAAGUAUGAGCUUGGCCUCGGCGGGAAGCGCCUUUCAGCCCUAAAAUCCGGCAGGAAUAAAGAGGAAAAUAAUAAUAAUAAUAAUAAUAAUAAUAUAAUAAUAAUAAUUAAAAAAAAAAAAAAGGGGGAAAUUAAAAAUAUAUAAAUAAAGAAGAUGGAGAAGAAGAGGAAGAGGAGGAGGAGGAAGAGGAGGAAAAAAUAAAAGGAUGUAAAAAAAAACCACACGACGGGAAAAAAAAAAGCAAAAAAAAAAAGCGAAUAAUGAAAUAAAUAAAGAAAUAAAGGAAUGAAAUAAAGGAAUGAAAUGAAGGAAUGAAAUCAAGGAAUGAAAUAAAGGAAUGAAAUGAAGGAAUGAAAUGAAGGAAUGAAAUAAAGGAAUGAAAUAAAGGAAUGAAAUGAAGGAAUGAAAUGAAGGAAUGAAAUAAAGGAAUGACAUAAAGGAAUGAAAUAAAAGAAUGAAAUAAAAGAAUGAAAUAAAUAAAGGAAUGAAAUAAAUAAAAAAAAUGGAAUAAAUAAUAAAGAAAUGGAAUAAAUAAUAAAGAAAUGGCAGCAGAUUUUUAGUUUCCGAGUACUGUACAGUGAGGCACCUUCUUUUUUGGCAUGUGGUUGAUUUUAUCCUUAAAAAAAAAUCCCCCCCAGCUCCUGCCGGUUACCCCAGGACUGAGCUCGUGUCGUGUUCUCUGUUGUUUAUUUUUUUGUUUGUUUGUUUUAAAGAAAAAAAAAAAAAAAAGAAAUUAAUUAAAUUUUAUUUCCAGAUGCUC